CGCAUGAGCAAGACGCCCGAAAGCGCCGAUGGCGCGCCGGCCUCCGAGCCGUGGAGCGACCUCGACCGCUUCCAAGCGCUCUCCCGCGGCUCCGGGAACGCGUCGAUGGCGGUGUCGGGCGACCCCCGGCGCAGCCCGAUCCGGAAAGCACGACUCGACAUCCUCCAGAGCUCGAUCUUGGCGCGACAAAGCCAGCUCGGCACGCUUGAGGGCGGUACGAAGAAGCACAAGAAGAACACAGACGCCCAAAUCGCCGACCUCAAGGCGUCGCUGGGGCCGCUGGGCUCGCUGCAAGGCCCGCGCCGCCCCGACUCGUCGAACGGCCGCCUCAUGCUACCUGCCGUGACGCCUCCAACGUCGGCCGAGACGAUCGAGUCGCCCGAGGAGCGUAUAUACUCGACGCUCAGCGAUCGGAUCGGCUCCAACUACACCAUUACGACGCGGAAGCUUACCAAGGACGACGUCGCCCGCAUCGCGCUCAGCAUGCCCGUCAUGGUCCGUGAAAAGCCGAAGGACUUGCGACCUGGCUUUAGCCCCAAGAAGAAGGCCAUCGAGUACGUCGCCGUGGCGCCAGCGCUCGAGCGGUCGUUGGCGCAAUUGGGCAAGUCGGAAAGCAGCGAGCUAUCGCCGUCGCCGCCGCCCAAGUCGCCCUUUACGCAGCUUCCUCCGGCCGAUAUCAAGACCAGCGUGUCUCUCUAUCCCUCUGGCUCCCGCGCCUUCCAGCGGCACGUGGCAGAAAAUCCAACACACGUCUUUAAAAAGCCGUCGCCGACCAAGAGCUCGCCAAAGAAGCACAAAAUCGUACUCAACGUUGGCAGCCCCGUGACGCCGGCUGCCCGGCGCUUGGCGCCCGUGGUACUCAAACCGCUGACGCCCCGGACGCUGGAGCUCGACUCGGCCGCGUACGAAACCUCGGCCAACAAUUACUGGCGCGCGGUCGAGAUGUACGUGGCCCGCGGGUGUCCGCCCAUGUCGGAGGCCAUCCCGGUCGAAAUCUUGCAGCGACUGCAGCUCCCGGCACCGCCUUUCCGGCAUGACAAGGCGCUGUUAGCGCAAAACACGGCCACGUGCGAACACCUCCUCACGGAAAUGUUCGACGCCGUGUAUGCGACGUACAACACGGCGAUCGCGCGUGCGAUGCUGCAGUACGACCUUUUGGAAGAGAGCCACGCGGCGCGGCUCGGCAUUCUUCCAGCGUACCUCCACGCAACGCCCAAGUGGUGGAGCGACGAGACGUACCAGUCGUUCCAAUGGCGUGUCCUUCGGGAGACGGGCGUGGACGCGACGGUGAUUCGCGACAGUGCCGAGUACAUUGAGGUGUUUCUGCACACGGCUGACCCGGCCAUGCUCGCGCUGCAAACGCAAUGGCUGCACGAAGGCCCGCCCCCCGACUGGGAGAUUCGGGACAAUCCGUUCGUGCCGUACCACGAGCUGCUCUUUACGGACGUCUUGACACCCGCGUUUCGGUCGUCGUUGCCGCGCACGGUGCCCAACUUUGUCGAUCACAUUAGCCGCCGCGUCGACGCGGUCAAAGAGUGUCUUCGGACGUACUGGAUUCCCGCCAGCGCCAUGAAGGUCGAUGCGUUCUUGCCGCUCUCGCCGGAUGCGCCGGUGCGCGACCCUCGCGGCGAUCUUCCGCUGCCCGAACCACUCCACGCCAGUGCCAAUGGCAGCCCAGGCGCCGCCAAGCUCUUCGCGAACCGCGUCGCGCUCGAAGGCUUGGACGGUCGCUCCGUGCUAAAGGCCUCGGCCGACACGCUCGUCGAAGACGACCUCUUCCGCUUCAACCAUCACAUUGGCGUCUUGAACGCAGCGUCCGUGCUCAUGUCGCGGCAGCUACGCGAGACCGUCGAUGCCUCGGUCCUCGCCUUCCAAGCAUUCUUUGAGCAGUUUUCGACGCCAGCGCUCGACGGCGAGCCGGCACUGAUCCUCUCCGUGCAGUGCUUUGAAUCCCCGGGCGCCGGGUUUGCACUCGACCCGCCGGCCGACGCGAUGGAGACAACGCUCUUGCACUGCGUCGGCAUGCUCGUAGACGCGGUCGCGAUCUUUCCACGCAUUGACUCGCACACAAGCGUGCCGGUUCGUAUUCGCAACAAGGCGUCGCUCGGGCCGUGCACGCUUGGGACAGGCGAUCCGUUUGUGCUCUCGGCCAAACACGCCGUGCGCCAUGCGCUGCAGCGGCACUUGCGCGACCCCGAAGAUGUCCUCGCUCGGUUUUCACCCUUUCUGACGCUGCUCGAUGGCUCCAUGGCGCGGCAUAUCGCUUCCCUCUUGGAGCAGCCGCUCGACUUGCACGCGCUCCGCGCCGAGCUCGCAGCGCUCCAAUCGAUCGACGACACGAUUUUGGCCGAGAUCGCCGACCAGUAUACGUUCUCGCUCUUUGCCGUCUCGUGCGUCGCAGCCAAAGACAGCCUUCGCGCCAAGGCCAAAGAGUUUGCAUCGAUCUUAUUGGCGCGCGUCUCGGCCGAGAACGUCAAGCGCAUGCACGCCAUGGGUGCGCAGUACGAAGCCAUUGUGCAGACGCUCAUGGCCGACCCGCUCGACUCGGUCGAGCUCAAGAGCCUCCAAGCGUUUUACGAGUCGAGCAUGGCGGCGCUCAAUGCGCUCCAGGACGAGCUGGUCAACGACGUGCACACCGCGAUUCGGUUCUUGACCGAGCACCACUUUGCCAUGGACCGCGACGACAUUCAGCUCUUUUAUGUCACGUACCGCUGGCCCGAUACGGUCGCCAACUUUCAGCGCAAGUCGCUCGAGCGGCAGCGUGAGCGCAAGCGGGAGCUCGAGCUCGUGGUGACAGCCCGCCAAGAACACCUCCUUGGCACGUUUGCCACCUGUCAGCGUAAGAUUGAAAAGAUGCGGGAGGCCGGCAACAUGGGUGACGCGAUGAACGUCACCAAGCGCAUCGAAGGCAUCAAUAAGCUCAUCACUGAGAUCGACGACGAAGCGAGCAAGAUCCGCGACCAAGAGACGCUGCUCGGGAUGGAGCUCACGGACAACGAGACGAGCAUCAAGGAGCUCCAAGAAAUGCUCGCACCCAUGGACAAGCUCUGGUCGACCGUGUCUCAAUUCAGCGAGCAGCUCAACCAGUGGCGCGGGCUACCGCUGUACAUGGUCAACGCCGAAGACGCCGAGCGCGAAGCCGACGGGUUUCGGCGCAACGUCGUCAAGGUCAUCCGUGACUGCGAAAAGAUUGGCGAGAGCUUGGAAGCGCCGACCGAGGUCGCGCGCGCGGCCAAGAAGAUGCUCGAUGAAAUGCUCGAUGCACACGUGCCGCUCAUGCACCUGAUUUGUACGCCGGCACUCUGCGCGCGGCAUUGGACCGAAAUCGAGGGCAUUACAAAGCUCGACUUGCAGACGCCGGGCGGGGACAUGACGCUAAGUCACAUGCUGGACGCGGGCUUGCACAAGUUCACGGCGCAAAUCGAAGACAUUUGUGUGGGCGCCGCGAAAGAGUACUCGCUCGAGCAAGCCCUCGACAAGAUGGAGCACGAGUGGGAAGGCGUUGAGUUCCACACCAAGCCGUACCGCACGACCGGCACGUCGAUCCUCUUUGGCACCGACGAGAUGCAGCAGCUCUUGGACGACCACAUGGUCAAGAUUCAAUCCAUUCGCGGGUCGCGCUACAACAAGCCGUAUUUGGAGCGCAUUGCGCGAUGGGAGAAAACGCUGGUUGCGAUUCAAGACAUUACCGACCAGUGGCUCAAGGUCCAAGCGACGUGGCUGUACCUUGAGCCGAUUUUCAGCAGCGACGACAUCAUGCGGCAAAUGCCGACCGAGGGCAUGCUCUUCAAGCGCGUGGAUGCGACGUGGCGUCACAACAUGGAAGAGACGAUCCUCGAGCCAGAAGCCACGGUCGUUGCGAUGCGCCAAGGCUUGCUCGAGACGCUCCAAGAGUCCAACGCCGACCUCGAGACGAUCCAGAAAGGCUUGAACGAGUACCUCGAGACGAAGCGGCUGUACUUUCCGCGCUUCUUUUUCCUCUCCAACGACGAGCUGCUCGAAAUUCUCGCCGAAACCAAGGACCCCCUCCGCGUCCAGCCACAUCUCAAGAAGGCGUUUGACGGCAUCAACCUCCUCGAGUUCCAGCCCAACCUCGACAUUACGGCGAUGCUGAGCCCCGAGAAUGAAAAGGUCCCGUUCCUCUUCGACAAGAUCUCGCAAUCGCCCAUCAACCCCAACAAAACGGGCGGCAAUGUUGAGAUUUGGCUCCAAGAGGUCGAGAUCACGAUGCGCAAGAGCGUCGCGUACCACGUUGACCUGAGCAUGGCCGACUAUGCCACCAAAGAUCGCCUUACGUGGGUGCAAGAAUGGCCUGGCCAAGUCGUUCUUGCCAUCAACCAGACAGUGUGGACGCAGCAAACCGAGGCCGCGCUCGAUGGACCGAAAGAUGCCCUUGUGCAGCACUCCCAGAUGCUCAAGGACGAGCUGCUCCGGACGGUCGAGCUCGUGCGUGGCCAGCUGCCCAAGCUCACACGCAUCACCCUCGGCGCGCUUGUCGUGAUGGACGUGCACAAUCGCGACACGAUCGCCGAGCUUGUGACCCUCAAGACAUCGGACAAGCUCGACUUUGACUGGCUCGCACAGCUGCGCUACUACUGGGUCGCGGGCGGAAUGUCGGCCGCGACGGGGAAGCCGGGUACACUGCAGUGCCGCAUGAUCAAUACUCUGGCCCUGUACGCAUUCGAGUACCUCGGCAACUCGAUGCGGCUCGUCAUUACGCCGCUCACGGACCGUUGCUACCGCACGCUCAUGGGGGCGAUUCAUUUGAACCUCGGGGGCGCGCCAGAAGGACCGGCCGGUACGGGCAAGACCGAGACAACCAAGGAUCUCGGCAAAGCCAUUGCGAUCCAGUGCGUUGUGACCAACUGUUCGGACGGUCUCGACUACCUUGCGAUGGGCAAGUUCUUCAAAGGCCUCGCGUCCAGCGGUGCGUGGGCGUGUUUCGACGAGUUUAACCGCAUCCAGCUCGAAGUGCUGAGUGUGAUUGCCCAGCAAAUUCUGUGCAUCCAGAUCGCCAAGGCGCAGAACGCCGCGACCUUUAUGUUUGAGGGCACGCUCCUCUCGCUCAACCCAACGUGCUGUCCGUUCAUUACGAUGAACCCCGGGUAUGCGGGGCGCGCCGAGCUGCCCGACAACCUCAAGGUCCUCUUCCGCACCGUGGCCAUGAUGGUGCCCGACUACGCGAUGAUUGCCGAGAUCAUGCUCUACUCGUACGGCUACAUGGAGGCGAAUGCACUCUCCAAGAAGAUUACAACCACGUACACGCUGUGCUCGGAGCAGCUCUCGUCGCAGUCGCACUACGACUAUGGCAUGCGGGCCGUCAUGGCCGUGCUGCGCGCCGCAGGCAACCUCAAGCGCAGCGAGGGCCACCUCCAGGAGGACACGCUCGUCUUGCGCUCCAUCAUUGACGUCAACUUGCCGAAAUUCCUGAGUCCGGACGUCCCGCUCUUCAACGGCAUUGUCUCGGACCUCUUCCCGGGCGUCGUGGUGGACCCACCCGACCGCACGGAUAUGCUACGUGCAGUCAACGACGCGUGCAAGGCCAUGGAGCUCCAGCCCGUGCCCAACUUUAUCGAAAAGGUCAUUCAGAUUUACGAAAUGAUGAUUGUCCGGCACGGUUUCAUGGUCGUGGGCAUGCCUUUCUCGGGCAAGUCGAGCUCGUGGAAGGUGCUUGCUGACGUCCUCGAGCGCCUCCACAACCAGUUUCCUGAGGAUACGCGGUAUACGCCGGUCGUCGUGGCCGUCAUCAACCCCAAGUCGAUCACGAUGGGGCAGCUCUACGGCCAGUUUGACGACGUCUCGCACGAGUGGACCGACGGCGUCCUCGCCAUCAACUAUCGCAACCUCGCAACGAGCCCGACGCCGGAUCGCAAAUGGCUUCUCUUUGAUGGCCCCGUCGACGCGGUCUGGAUUGAAAACAUGAAUACGGUUCUGGACGACAACCGGAAACUGUGUUUGAUGAGCGGCGAGAUCAUUGCGAUGAGCCCCGUCAUGAGUAUGAUGUUCGAGCCCAUGGAUCUUCUUGUCGCGUCGCCCGCCACCGUCUCUCGUUGCGGUAUGAUCUACAUGGAGCCCGAGCAGCUUGGGUGGCAGCCGCUCGUCGACUCGUGGCUGGACCGCACGAUGGUGCUGCCAUUAGACGCCGACCCGAAGCUCCACCUGAUCUUGAACGACGACCAGCGCAGCACGAUCCGGACGCUCUGCGCGUGGCUCGUCGAUCCUUGCAUUGCGUUUGUGCGCAAGGAGCUCAUCGAGCUCACGCCAACGGUCGACGCCAACCUCGUACAGAGCUUACUGCACAUCUUGGAGGCGGAGCUGCUCCAGGUCAAGCCGGGCGAUAUUGGCACCAAGAAAGGCCUGCAGCACCUCGAAAGCCUCUUCCUCUUUGGCCUACUCUGGUCAGUCGGGUGCACAUCCAAUUCGGAGGGUCGCGUCCGGUUCUGCGACUUCUUACGGAGCUACAUGGAGUCGAUGGGCGCGCUCAACGCCAAGUACAUUGUCGUUGGCCGCGCCCUCCAAGUGCGCAAGUGGGUCAAGCCUGCGUUCGACACGUAUGCGCUCACACUGGCACUGCCGACGAAGGGCAACCUGCACGACUACCUCUAUAAUCUCGACGAGGGCAAGUGGGUGCGCUGGGAAGACACGCUCAAAGAGUACAUCAUUCCGCCCAACUCACCGUUUAGCACCAUCGUCGUGCCCACGAUUUACACGGCGCAGCUCGAAAAUCUCGUCAAGCUCCUCGUCUCGUCCAAGCGCAAGGUGCUCGUGUGUGGGCCCACGGGUACCGGCAAAAGCUCGUACCUCAACGCGAUUCUGAACGAGCGCCUCAGUCCCGACCACUUUUCCGUCAUUAUGCUCUCGUUUUCGGCAAAGACGUCGGCCAAUAUGACCCAAAACAUCAUUGACGGCAAGCUCGACAAGCGGCGAAAAGGCGUGUACGGGCCACCGGUCGGGAAGGACGGCAUCGUGUUUGUCGAUGAUCUCAACAUGCCCAUGAUUGAAACGUACGGCGCGCAGCCGCCGAUCGAGCUCAUGCGGCAGCUCGUCGACUCGGGCGGGUGGUACGACCUCAAGGAGAUGGCGUGGCAAAAGAUCAUCGACACGAUCGUCGUCACGGCCAUGGGACCGCCGGGCGGUGGCCGCAACACGAUCAGUCCGCGCUUCCAGCGGCACUUUAACGUGCUCUGCUUCUCGGAAUUCGACGACGCGACGCUCGCACGCAUUUUCUCGACCAUUGUCAACUGGUACUUUACGAGCAACCCGUUCGUUUCCGAGAUCCGCAAGCUCGCCGACGCCGUGGUGAAUGCGACCUUGGAGACGUACCAGAACGCCAUGAAGGUGCUCCUUCCGACACCGAAAAAGUCCCAUUAUACGUUCAAUUUACGGGAUUUUUCGCGUAUCAUCCAAGGCAUCAUGCUCGUGACGGCGGCCGACGACUUCAACACGACCAGCCUCGUCAAGCUCUGGGUUCACGAGUCGCUGCGCGUGAUUGGCGAUCGGCUCAUUGACGACGAAGGCCGAACGUGGUUUUGUGACUUUCAGCGCAAAAUGGUCGCGAAACACUUCAACACCAACUUUGACAAGGUGUUUGCACCGCUCAAGCGCGGUCGCGAUGGGAUCGUGAUGCCCCAAGACAUGCGCAACCUCUUUUUUGGCGACUACCGCGAUCCGGACGCAUCGCCUCGUCUCUACAAGGAGAUCGACGUGCACUCGAGUGGAGACGUGGACGGCAUCGCGCAGCUCAUUGCGUGCUUGGACACGUAUCUCGCCGAAUUCAACGCGGUCUCGCGCAAGCCGAUGAACCUCGUCAUGUUCCUCUUCGCGAUCGAGCACCUCUCGCGGAUCGCACGCGUGCUCAAGAUGCCCCGGGGCAACGCUCUCCUCGUGGGCGUCGGGGGCAGCGGCCGUCAAAGUCUCACCCGCCUCGCCGCCUUUAUCAUGGACUAUGAAGUCAAGCAGAUUGAGAUUGCAAAAAACUACACCAUGACCGAGUGGCGCGAAGACAUGAAGUAUGUACUCAAGACCGCGGGUAUUGGCGCGCGGCCGCUCGUGUUCCUCUUCAGCGACACGCAAAUCAAGUACGAGGCGUUCGUCGAGGACAUCAACAACAUGCUCAACUCGGGCGAAAUUCCAAAUUUGUUUCCGUACGACGAGCGUGUCGGGCUCUGCGAAGGCGUCCGCGUCCACGCCAAAGAGAAAUUCGGCAAAGUCGCGAGCGAUAUGACGCCCGCCCAGCUCUACGCGUUCUUCGUGCAGCGCGUGCGCCAGCAGCUGCAUAUCGUGCUUGCGUGCUCGCCGAUUGGGGACGCGUUCCGCGACCGGCUCCGGAAAUUUCCCUCCAUGAUCAACUGCUGCACGAUCGAUUGGUUCACGGCGUGGCCUGCCGACGCGCUCGUCGCAGUCGCCGAGAAAUUCCUGCGCGACGUGCAAAUGGAGUCGGAUGCGACACGCCGCGGCAUUGUCGACACGUGCCAGUACUUUCACGUGCAAGUCGAGAGCCUCAGUGACGCAUACCUGCAGUGCCUCCGCCGGCAAAACUCCCAACGACGCGAGAGCGUCAUGAAGGCCAAGCUCCGGUACGAGGUCGGCUUGGAGAAGAUCCAAUUUGCCGAGGCCAACGUGAGCGUCAUGCGCAAGGAGCUCGUUGAUAUGCAGCCGAUCCUCGAUCGCUCGACCAAAGAGACAGCGGCGCUCAUGGAGGAAAUCCAAGCCAAGUUGCCGGGCGUCGAGAAGACGCGCGCUGAGGUCCAAGCCGACGUCGCAAUCGCCGAUGCCUCCAAAGCACAGUGCGAGAUCCAGAAAGCGAGCGUGGAGGCCGACUUGGCCGAGGCUGUUCCCGCGCUCGAAGAGGCACUCAAGGCGCUGGACACGAUCAAGGCGUCCGAGAUCAACGAAGUCAAAGCCAUGGCCAACCCGCCGGCCGGCGUCAAGCUCGUGUGCGAAGGCGUGUGCGUCAUGCUCGGCAUCAAGCCCGCGCGUAUUCCCGAUCCCGCGGACCCGAGCAAGCGCAUCAUGGACUUUUGGGGACCGUCGCAAAAGAUGCUUAGCGACCCAACGUUCAUCCAGCAGCUCAAGAAAUUCGACAAGGACAACCUCGACCCGAAAAUCAUGAAGGUGGUCGUCUCCAAGUACAUUGCGGACGAGAACUUUAGUCCCGAAAAAGCAGAGAAAGCGUCCAAAGCUGCCGCCGGUCUCUGCAAAUGGGUCCACUCGAUGGCACUCUACGACAACGUGAGCAAGAUUGUCGCACCCAAGCGUGAAGCCCUCGCGGUGGCCGAGAAGCAGCUGCAAGAGACGCUCGGGAGUCUCAACGAGAAGCUCGCACGCUUGAAGGAGGUCGAGGAUGGGCUUGCGAGCCUCCAGCGGUCGUUCCAAGACGCCACAACCUCCAAGCAAAGCUUGGAAAGUCAGAUUGAGCUCACGGGGAAGAAGCUCGUGCGCGCGGCAACGCUGAUUGAGAGUCUUGGGGGCGAAAAGAUUCGCUGGAAAGAGUUCAGCGCUCAACUCACGCUGCAGUACACCAAGCUCACGGGCGACGCGCUCAUUUCCGCUGGCAUCGUCGCCUACCUCGGACCAUUCACAUCCGUGUACCGGGCGCAGGCGGUCUCGGCGUGGGUUGCCCGCUGCAAGGAGCUCGCGAUCCCGUGCUCGGACUUGCCGUCGCUCUCGGGGACGCUUGGCGACCCGGUUCAAAUCCGCAAGUGGAACAUUGAUGGGCUUCCGACCGACAUGUUUAGUAUUGACAAUGGCAUCGUGGUCUUCAACGCGCGUCGGUGGCCACUCAUGAUCGACCCGCAGGGGCAAGCCAACAAGUGGAUUCGCAACAUGGAGACCGAGCACGGACUGAACGUCAUCAAGCUCACCGACGGCGACUACUUGCGCACACUCGAGAAUGCCGUCCAGUUCGGCCGCCCCGUGCUGCUGGAAAACAUUGGCGAAGAGCUCGACCCGAGCUUGGAGCCGCUUCUGCUCAAGCAGACGUUCAAGCAGGGCGGCACGCUCUUCAUUCGUCUCGGUGACGCCAACAUUGAGUACAGCGAGAGCUUCCGAUUCUACCUCACCACCAAGCUCCGGAAUCCGCAUUACUUGCCCGAAGUGUCGGUCAAAGUGACGCUGCUCAACUUUAUGAUCACGCCACAAGGGCUCGAAGACCAGCUCUUGGGCAUCGUCGUCGCGCAAGAACGGCCGGAUCUGGAAGAGCAAAAGAACAAGCUCAUCAUCCAGAGCGCCAAGAACAAGGCGCUUCUCAAGGAGAUUGAAGACAAGACGCUGCACAUUCUGUCGGCGUCCGAAGGCAACAUUCUCGAAGAUGAGACCGCGAUCAACACGAUGAACCAAGGCAAGCAGGUCGCCGAUCAAAUCAAGUCGGAGCAAGUCAUCGCCGAAGCCACGGAGCUCGAGAUCGAUACGGUGCGGCAGGGCUACCGCCCCGUGGCCUACUCGUCGCAAGUGCUCUUCUUCUGCAUCGACCAGCUCGCCAACAUCGAGCCCGUGUACCAGUACUCGCUCUCUUGGUUCAUCGCGCUGUUCGUGCUCAGCAUCAACCAAAGCGACAAGAGCAACGACUUACAUGAACGGCUCAAGCUUCUCGACGCCCACUUUACCUUUUCGCUGUACCGCAACAUUUGCCGGUCGCUCCUCGAGAAGGACAAGCUCAUGUUUUCGUUUCUCUUGACGAUCUCGAUCAUGCAAGGCCGCGCCGAGAUCGAUGCGUCCGAGUGGUACUUCUUCCUCACGGGCGGGCUGGCGGUGGCGGAGACGCCGCCGCCGAAUCCAGCGCCCGACUGGUUUGCCGACAAGCAGUGGAACGAGCUCGUGCGCCUUUCGCAUCUUCCGGCGUUUCCGGGGCUCGCGACCGAGUUCAAGACGCAUGUCGACGCAUGGAAAGCCAUUUACGACUCGCCGACCGGGUAUCUCAUUCCAUUCCCUGGCGCCUUUGCGACGGUGACACCGUUCCGGCGGCUUCUCGGCAUCCGCUGCAUUCGACCGGAUCUUGUCGUGCUUGCCGCGCAGCAGUUUGUGGUCGAGACCAUGGGCGACGCGUUCGUCAAGCCGCCGCCGUUCGACCUUGGGCUGUGCUACAGCGACUCGUCCGUGAGCUCGCCCCUCGUCUUUAUCCUCUCGCCGGGCUCGGACCCGAUUAGCUCGGUGCUGAAAUUUGCCGACGCGAAUAGGCAGCGCAUCGACACGAUCUCGCUCGGCCAGGGCCAAGGCCCCAUUGCCGAGCGCAUGAUCGCACUCGCGAUGGAGACCGGGUCGUGGGUCGUCUUGCAAAACUGCCACCUCGCGCCCAGCUGGAUGCCGACGCUCGAGCGCAUCACGGAAAGCGUCAAGCUCGAGACGACGCACCCCAACUUUCGGCUCUGGUGCACGACGUACCCGUCACCGGUCUUUCCACCGUCCGUGCUGCAGAACGGCGUGAAAAUGACCAACGAACCGCCCCAGGGCUUGCGCGCCAACCUCCUCGGCUCGUACCUUCUCGACCCGAUCUGCGAGCGCGGGUUCCUCGAGUCGGUGAGCAAGGGCAAGGAAUUUCGCCGGCUUUUAUACGCGCUCUGCUUUUUCCAUGCACUCGUCCGCGAACGCCGGCAGUUUGGCCCAUUGGGCUGGAACAUCCAGUACGAGUUCAACGAGUCCGACCUGAGCAUUAGCACGCGCCAGCUCGCCAUGUUUGUCGAUGAGAACGACGCGAUUCCGUGGCGCGCUCUCCAGUAUUGCACGGGCGAAUGCAACUACGGCGGUCGAGUCACGGACGACAAGGACCGGCGCACGCUGGCGUGUCUUCUUGGUCGCUUCUACGCGACAGACAUUCUCAAGGACGACUACAGCUUUGACGAGCGGUCGCAGUACGUGGUGCCGGCAGACACGGACUAUGAAGGCUUCCUUGCGUUCAUCGAGGGGCUCCCGCUCGUCGCGCCGCCCAACGUCUUUGGUCUACAUGACAAUGCCACCAUUACAAAAGACCAAAACGAGACGACAAUAUUGUGCACAAAGGUGCUGCAGACGCAAGCGACGGGUGGCGGCGGCGGCGACGCCAAGGGCCUCAGCCAAGAAGAGACCGUCGACGCGAUGGCGGCCGACAUUCUGUCGCGGCUGCCCGACAAUUACGAUAUGGAGCUCGCGGCCAUUCGGUACCCGGUCCGAUGGAACGAAAGCAUGAACACGGUCGUGUGCCAAGAGCUCGUGCGCUUCAACAACCUUCUCUCGGUCGUCCGGAGCUCGCUCAAGAGUCUCCGCAAGGCGAUCCAAGGCCUUGUCGUCAUGUCGGCCGAGCUCGAGAACGUGAGUUUGUCGCUGUUUUACGGAAAAAUCCCGGCCAUGUGGAUCGCCAAGUCGUACCCGUCAUUGAAGCCCCUCCCGAGCUACGUGAGCGACUUGCUCGAGCGCAUUUCGUUUUUCGCCGACUGGCUCAACGACCAGCCGCCGCCGAUCUUUUGGAUCUCAGGCUUCUUCUUCACGCAGGCCUUUUUGACGGGUGCCAACCAAAACUUUGCCCGCAAAUACACCAUCCCGAUCGAUCAAAUCACCUUUGACCACGAGCCGAUGCCCCGCACCGACUACACGACGGGCCCGACGGACGGCGUGUAUGUCCGUGGUCUCUUCCUCGAAGGCUGUCGGUGGAACAAGGUCGAGUCGCGUCUCACCGAGUCGCUGCCCAAGGUGCUCUUCACGCUCGGCCCCGUGCUGUGGUUUCGACCGACCAAGAAGUCGGACCUCGUCAUUCGCAAGUCGUACAACUGCCCCGUGUAUAAAACCAGUGAGCGCCGGGGUACGCUCUCGACGACGGGGCACUCGACCAACUUUAUUUGCUUUAUCCGGCUUCCGUCGCACCUUCCCGAGGCCCAUUGGGUUGCCCGCGGCGUUGCAAUGCUCAGCCAACUCGACGACUAG